AUGUCCCUCGACCUCAAUGAUGGCUUCGUCGCCGCCGACGCCGGCCCCGGACUCGACGACAACCUGCCCAUUUUCACCGUCGAGCGAGUCCAGCUUCAGUUCUCCAUCGCCGCCGACUUUGUCGCCGCGCAGGUGGCCAACAAUGUCAUCAUCCUCGCCCUCUCCAACGGACGCAUCCUGCGCAUCGAUCUCAACCGCCCAGAGGACAUUGACGACAUCGACUUGCCCAAGAAGUCGUCCGAGGUUGGCGUCAUACGCCGCAUGUUUCUCGACCCGACCGCGUCGCAUCUCCUCAUCUGCACUGCUCUGGGUGAAAACUACUACCUGCACUCGCAGUCGAAGCAACCGCGCCCGUUGGGCCGCCUGCGCGGCGUCACGAUUGAGAGCGUUGCCUGGAACCCUUCCCUGCCGACUGCGUCUACGCGAGAAAUCCUGCUGGGCGCCGCCGAUGGCAACAUCUACGAAGCCUUCAUCGAAAUGUCCCACGAGUUCUACAAGAAGGAGGUGAAGCAUCUGAAAACCCUGCACAAGCUGCCCGAUGGGCCCAUCACGGGCUUGUGGGUCGACAACCUGCACACAAAGUCGGACCUGCGGAGGGUCGUCAUUGCCACGCAGAGCAGGAUAUUCCACCUCGUCGGCAAGCUCGGCCAUGCACACGACGCCUACUCGACCCUGGCCCUGUCCCCAGACGUCCCCGAAAUGAACCCAUACUCCGAGGACGCCCCCGACCGAGCAUACGCCUGGCUGUCAUCCCAUGGCAUCUUUCAUGGGAAGCUCUCCAACACCCCGGCGGACAACAGCCUGGGCUCGCGCGUGUUUUCCGAGUCAAAGAUGCUGGGCGUGGCGCAGAUGCUCACAGCGGAAUCGUCGGGCAGGCGACGGCCGGCCUCGGAGACGAUUGAUGCCAUGGCGCUCACUCAGUGGCACAUCAUCAGCCUCGUCGGUGGCCGCGUCGUUGCCACGAACCGUCUGACGGGCAAGUUGGUCUCGGAGCACGAGGUUCUCGGUGCUGGCCAGAGGGCCAUAGGCUUCUCGGUGGAUAUGCAGAAAAACACCUUCUGGUUAUUCACGUCGGACGAGAUCCACGAGAUUGUGGUGCGUGACGAGGACCGGGACAUUUGGCAAAUCAUGAUGGACAACAAGCAGUUUGAGCCGGCGCUGCAGCAUGCGCACACUCGGACGCAAAAGGAGACGGUGGCAGCGGCAUACGGCGAUCAUUUGGCCAAGAAGGGCCACUGGAACGAAGCGGCCACGGUAUAUGGCCGGAGCAACAAGCCGUUCGAGGACAUUGCACUGAGCAUUAUCGACAACAACCAGCCCGACGCCCUCCGGCAGUUCCUCCUGACCAAACUGGCCACGGCCAGCAAGUCUGCCGCCAUGCAGCGGAUCAUGGUGGCGGGCUGGCUGGUCGAAGUGUUCAUGGCCAAGCUCAACUCUCUCGACGACACCAUCAUGACGCAGGCGGAGCUGUCGGAGAGCCUGAGCACGGGCGAGUCGCGGAAGCUGCUCGAGGCUGUGCGAAAGGAGUAUGAGGAGUUUGUCGGCAAGUACAAGGGCGACUUGGACCGCAGCAUGGUCUACGACGUCAUCAGCAGCCACGGACGCGAAGCGGAGCUGCUGUACUUUGCCGACGCCGUCAACGACUACAACUAUGUCCUGUCGUACUGGGUCCAGCGCGAGCGAUGGCCCGAGGCCCUGGCCGUCCUCAAGAAGCAGACGGACCCCGACGUCUUUUACCGGUACAGCAGCGUCCUCAUGACGCGCGCGCCGCAGGAGACGGCGGAUAUCCUGAUGAGACACGCCGACCUCAACCCGCGCAGUCUCAUCCCGGCCCUGCUCGAGUACAACCGCAACCUGCCUGGCGAGGUCAACGCGCAGAACCAGGCAAUCCGAUACCUCAACUACGUCGUCUUCCAGCUCAACUCCAAGGACGCGGCGGUCCACAACACGCUCGUGUCCAUCUACGCCUCGCAUCCCUCCAAGGACGAGUCGGGUCUCCUGUCGUACCUGCAAGCUCAGGGCGACGAACCGCGCUACGACCAAGACUUUGCCCUGCGGCUCUGCAUCCAACACCACCGCACGCUCUCGUGCGUCCACAUAUACACCAGCAUGGGCCAAUAUCUCCAAGCCGUCGACCUGGCGCUGUCUCACGACGAGGUGGAGCUGGGCGCGGUGAUUGCCGACCGGGCCAUGUCGAACCCGCAGCUGCGCAAGAGACUGUGGCUGGCGGUGGCGCGCAAGGUCAUUGCCAAGUCGGACGGCAUCAAGACGGCCAUUGAGUUCCUCAAGCGAUGCGAGCUGCUCAGGAUCGAGGACCUGAUGCCCUUUUCCCCCGACUUUGUCGUGAUUGACGACUUCAAGGAGGAGAUCUGCGGGGCGCUCGAGGACUACAGCCGCAACAUUGACAACCUAAAGAAGGAGAUGGAAGAGUCUUCGCAGACGGCGACCAACAUCAAGCUGGAUAUUGCGGCGCUGGACCACCGAUACGCGAUUGUGGAGCCGGGGGAAAAGUGCUACGUGUGCGGGCUGCCGCUGCUCAGCAGGCAGUUUUUUGUCUUUCCGUGCCAGCACUCGUUCCACUCGGACUGCAUGGGGCGCAAGGUGCUGGAGCAGUCUGGGAUGAGCAAGUCGUCGAGGAUCCGGGAGCUCCAAACACAGAUUCACAAGGGCCUGGUCAACGGCUCCAAGAGGGAGGCCGUGGUGGCCGAGCUGGAUUCUCUGGUAGCUUCCGCGUGUAUACUUUGCAGCGACUUUGCCAUUAAGAGAAUCGAUGAGCCGUUUGUGACGCGAAACGACAACCGGGAAGAAUGGGCUCUGUGA